CUGCACAGCUGGUCGUUCGGAUUCCCUGGGUGUCCUGGAGGCCUAUGGAGACGGAGAACUAGCCAGGACCGGUUCAGAGCCAGCUACCCGUGGACUAAGAUUCACGUGGCAAGGUCACCUGACACCUGUGAGGCCCAGGACAGGAGUGGCUGCCCUGGAGUGUUGCCCCUGGGCUUUGGCUGGAUUUGGACCUGGAGGAAGAUGAGGAGCACCUGACGUCCCAGUUCUGUGCCUCAAGGCUCAAAAACCUAAGUGACAAGAGGUACCACAAGCUAUCGGGGCCUGACAGCCAGCAGCCGAGCUCCCUGAGAAGAAUCCAAGAAAGGAAAAUGGGGGCGUGGUAUUGGGGGUUGAACCCAGGACCUUAUAAGAACUCAAAAGCCCAGCUCCUCCUCUUCUCCUUCUAGAAGAACUCAAAAGCUGGGUUCCACGCAAGUCUCCAGGGACCCCUGCGGCCACAUUCCAGCUCUCGGGUUCCAAGACCCAGGCACCCCGGAUCCCCGCCUCUUGGAGCCGGACGUCCCGGAUCUACGCCACCUGGACAUAGCUUCCUGGAGACCUCCGCCACCUGGGCGCCCUCCGGCUCCCGGAGCCCAAGGAUCGAUCCCACAUCCCAGCCUGAAAAUCUCCUGUGCCCUCAAAGCCCAGGAACAAGAAACCCAGGCGUUCGCAACUCCCAGCUUUCGGGCCGCUCACGCCACCGGGAAGACCAGAGCGGUCCCAGCGCCCAGCCCUGGGGACUUGGACACCCCACUUCCGAGAGCCUGUGAACCCGCAAAUCUGAAGUUCCAGCCUCCAGGCGCUGUUACUCAACUCUCCCGUCAUAAGGACGUCGGUGGCGGGAAGGGCAGCGCUCCCAGCCUCCGGGCGCUUAGGAACCUCCUCAUCAUGGUGGUCGAUCCUCCUAAGGCCGACCCCAAGGGGUUCCCGGCGGCAGAGCCCAGCGAGAAUGGUGGCCCGGCGCUGGGUCCCAGAGAGGACGUAGACGCGACAACAGGCGGAUGCUGUGGCUCCUGGGACCAGGUGCGCCGCUGCCUUCGGGCCAACCUGUUGGUGUUGCUGACCGUGGUGGCCGUGGUGGCUGGCGUGGCGCUAGGGCUGGGGAUCUCGGCGGCCCGCGGCGCGGUACCACUGGACCCCAAGGACUUGAUGGCCUUCUCCUUUCCGGGUGAGCUCCUGCUCCGCCUCCUACGAAUGAUCAUUUUGCCGUUGGUGGUGUGCAGCCUGAUCGGAGGCGCCGCCAGUCUGGACCCGAGCGCCCUCGGCCGCCUGGGAGCCUGGGCGCUGCUCUUUUUCCUGGUGACCACGCUACUCGCUUCUGCACUCGGCGUGGGCUUGGCUUUGGCGCUGCAGCCCGGCGCCACCAACGCCUCCGUCUGGAACACCCACGCUUUCAAAGAGGCCCCCAAGGAGGUGCUCGAUUCGUUCUUGGAUCUUGUGAGGAAUAUCUUUCCUUCCAACCUUGUGUCUGCAGCCUUCCGCUCUUAUUCGACCUUGUAUGAACAGAGAGAAAAUGGAACCAAGAUCCUCCCGGUGGGGCAGGAGGUGGAGGGCAUGAACAUUCUGGGCUUGGUGGUGUUCGCCAUCGUCUUUGGUGUGGCCCUGCGGAAACUGGGUCCUGAGGGGGAGCUACUCAUCCGAUUCUUCAACUCCUUCAAUGACGCCACCAUGGUUCUGGUCUCCUGGAUCAUGUGGUAUGCUCCGGUGGGCAUCUUGUUCCUGGUGGCCGGCAAGAUCGUUGAGAUGAAGGAUGUGGGGCAGCUCUUCGCCAUCCUUGGCAAAUACAUCCUGUGCUGUCUGCUGGGCCAUGCCAUCCAUGGGCUUCUGGUUCUGCCUCUCAUCUACUUCAUCUUCACCCGCAAAAACCCCUACCAUUUCCUGUGGGGCAUCCUGACGCCGCUGGCCACCGCCUUCGGGACCUCCUCCAGCUCCGCCACGCUGCCGCUGAUGAUGAAGUGCGUGGAGGAGAAGAACGGCGUGGCCAGGCACAUCAGCCGCUUCAUCCUGCCCAUCGGUGCCACGGUCAACAUGGACGGUGCAGCACUGUUCCAGUGCGUGGCCGCCGUGUUCAUCGCGCAGCUCAACGAGCAGUCCCUGGACUUCGUGAAGAUCAUCACCAUCCUGGUCACGGCCACCGCGUCCAGUGUGGGGGCGGCCGGCAUCCCCGCUGGAGGCGUGCUCACCCUCGCCAUCAUCCUGGAAGCCGUCAGCCUCCCUGUCAAGGACAUCUCCUUGAUCCUGGCUGUGGACUGGCUUGUGGACCGGUCCUGUACCAUCCUCAACGUGGAAGGUGACGCUUUUGGGGCAGGACUGCUCCAAUCUUAUGUGGAUCGGACAAAGUCGCCGAGCUCUGAGCCUGAGCUAAUCCAGGUGAAGAGAGAUGUGCCACUAACUCCCCUGCAAACUGCCCCUGAGGAAGGCAACCCCCUCCUCAAACACCCCCAGGGCCCUGGCAGCGAUGCUGCCACCUAUGAGAAGGAAUCAGUUAUGUAAACCCCAGGAGGGGUUCCCCUGCCCUGCUCUGCUGGGGACACGUGGACAUUACCAUCACCAGUGUGGGUGAAAGGAUAGACUGUAGCUCAGUCUGCAGGGACCCCUGUCCUUCUGAACUGGAGACUGGGCAGCUUUGUUGCUGGGGUGUAUGUGUACGUGCAAGAGAGUGACCUCAAAUCUUCAACCCUGUCCAAGGCUCCCCAUUUCAGGGCACUAGUCACCAUGUCUAGAUCUCCACACUUUGAGGGGAAGGGUGUUCAACCCGUACAAUGCUGGCUAUGAUAGUGGCUUUAGUUGUGCUGUGUGUGUUUUCUGUGACCACCUAACCCUCCACAGUAUGUCCCACUCUGUCUACGUCUACAGGCCCUGUGUUCCCUCCACAUAAACACUCCCAGAACCCUUUGGGAGAGACCAAAGAUAAAUACUAUCACUCCAGAGAACAUUUUUUAGCAAUAAAUUUGAGUGUCAAGUGUAUUUAAUCAGGUGUUUUAAGAAUUUGAGCCAGGUGCCUGUGGCUCACACCUGUUGUUGUAUCUACUCGGGAGGUUGAGAUUGGAAGGAUCAAAGUUCAAGGCCAUCUGGGCAAAUAGUU